GUGACCGGCGCACCAGGAAGUGUUUUCCCUCAGAAACAGCUCAUGUCUUCUUGUUUUUUUCUUUUUUUUUCUUUGAGGGCUUUUGUAACCACAUUUCACGGUGUCUCGGGGCGGCCGGAGAAGGGCGGCUCCAGAUAAUUUCUAUUUGAAUUAAGAAAAUGGGCUCAAAUCGACUGACGCUGCUGAACUGCCUCCUGAUCUGCGUCACCUGGACCGAGCCGAGCCAGGGGCUGUUUCCAUUCCCCACCCGCAGACCCAAUAUCGUUCUGAUCCUCACAGACGACUUGGACAGCCUCAUCGGGGGGCUGAGUCCACUGAGUAAGACAAAAAAGCUGAUUGGCGAUGCUGGGAUUUCUUUCACAAAUGCAUUUGUCGCCAGCCCGCUGUGCUGCCCGAGUCGAGCCAGCAUCCUGACCGGGAAAUACCCACACAACCACCAUGUCGUAAACAACACCUUGGAGGGAAACUGCAGCAGCAUAGCCUGGCAGAAGAGCGAAGAGCCCCGCACGUUCCCCGCCUUGCUGAAGAACUACGCUGGCUAUCAGACCUUCUUCGCUGGGAAAUAUCUAAAUCAGUAUGGGCGCACCGAUGCUGGUGGCGUGGAGCACGUCCCUCCAGGCUGGAGCUAUUGGGCCGCACUGGAGAAGAACUCCAAGUACUACAACUAUACUCUGUCGGUGAACGGGAAGGCUCAAAAACACGGAGCCGACUACACCAGAGACUACCUCACAGACGUCCUGGCCAACAUGUCUCUGGACUUCCUCCAGUACAAGUCCAGCUUCCAGCCGUUCUUCAUGAUGGUGUCCACACCGGCCCCUCACUCGCCCUGGACAGCAGCUCCUCAGUAUCAGGGCCGCUUUAACACCACCAAAGCUCCCAGGGCGCCCAAUUUUAAUGUCCAUGGAAAGGAUAAACACUGGUUGAUCAGACAGGCUAAAACUCCCAUGACCAACUCUUCCAUUCAGUUUCUCGAUGAAGCCUUCAGGAAAAGGUGGCAAACUUUACUGUCAGUGGACGACCUGGUGGAGACAAUUGUGAAGAAGUUGGAGGUCAGAGGUGAAUUGGACAACACCUAUAUCUUCUUUACGUCUGACAACGGGUACCACACGGGUCAGUUCUCUCUACCGCUUGAUAAAAGGCAGCUGUACGAGUUCGACAUCAGAGUUCCUCUCAUGGUCAGAGGACCAAACAUCAAACCCAAUCAGACCAGCCAGAUGCCAGUGGCGAACAUUGACCUCGGCCCGACCAUCCUGGACAUCGCUGGAUACAAUGUCAACAAGACACAAAUGGACGGCAUGUCCUUCCUGCACAUUAUGGAGGGAAAGAUGAACGCUAGCGGUUGGAGAACUGACAUCCUGGUCGAGUAUGAAGGAGAGGGGAGCAAUGUGUCCGACCCUUCCUGUCCUCUGCUGGGACCAGGAGUGUCGGAGUGUUUUCCAGACUGCGUGUGUGAGGACUCUUACAACAACACUUAUGCUUGUGUGCGGACCGUUUCAACCUCUGCCAACCUGCAGUACUGCGAGUUUGAUGAUAACGAGGUCUUUGUAGAAGUCUACAACGUGACGGCGGACCCCUUCCAGCUGACAAACAUCGCAAAAACGAUCGACCAGGAAGUUCUAGAGAAGAUGAACCAUCGGCUGAUGAUUCUGCAGUCCUGCUCCGGACAGUCGUGCCGGACACCAGGCGUGUACGAUCCAAGGUAUAAAUUUGACCCUCGACUGCUGUUUCCCAACCACAGUGGGAGGCUGAGCAGGCUCAGACUGACGAAAUAAGAGCAGGUGAAGGAUUAGAAGAUGGAAAGAGCACAUGGAAGAAGGAGAAGAAGGGCUGUAUUGUAUGUUACAUUCAGCCUCACCUGUUGUUGCCUUUUUUUUGGCCUCCUGAGCUGAGCCAGUCUCUUUUAUAGAUGGAUGGAGAAGGGAUCGCGCGGUGGGGUGGGUGGGGUCCACUACUGGUGAGUAGGUGGGUUACCAUGGAGAUAGGAGGCCUCUCUAGGGGUCAGACCCACCUCUGAACUUCACACUUCAAUCUCGUACCCAUUAUUAAGUGAGUUUGUUCAUGUGUGAAAAUCAGAUUCUCUAAUACUCGUCUUGACAAGCGAGCCAUGAGUUUAAAUCACUUAAACUUACUAUCAGCAUUGUUUUGCACGUGAGUCCUGUCCUUGUAAAAAUCUAUUAAUCAAGCACAUCCACGUACCUGGUGCCCUGUUCUUGGAUCAAUUCUAGUAAUCCGUUUCGUUUUUUUUUUAAAUGCAUUUGAAUUAAGGUAGUUACAAAUUGACUCUUGGUCAAUUUGUAACUAAUUUCCUUGAUACAAUUAUUUUAAAGAGUAAAGAUUUAAAUUUGAGAAGAAAUGACUAAUAGUUACUCAAGUCUGCAGUUUUACGGCGUAAAUCCUGAUUCAGGAGAAAUAACAGGAGAGUUAAUCUCCCAAGCAGUGUAAUUUAUUAGUCAAUAAAAUCAUCAGUGCAUGUACCCAUCUUUAAAGUGUCUGAUUUAACAGAACUGAUCUAGAAUAAUGGUAUUAGCUGAGAACCAGUCAAAUACGAGCGUGAUCAUAUCAAUCAGUUUGACCUGAAUUCCUCUAAUGUUAACAAUCGCACAGGACCUACUCCAACAUGUUUCCUCCUCUCCCACAUAAUAAAAAAUAAGUUUGUUUUCAGUGCCCUCUGAUGAUAAAGUAGUUGACCAUCAGACAGUUGGCAGCAGUCACACUCUUGUACUCUUUGGCUCGUGUUCCUUGUAAAAUUAAAACCCUGUCACAUUUGGGCUUUUUACCCCAAAGUCAUGAUUCAAACUAAAACUUCGCAGUAAACUUUAGUCAGUGCUUAUUGUUUGAAUUAAAAGUUGUUGUUUUUGGAACAUUUGUUGAGCAGGAGUUCCCUGGGACAAACUUCUGUAAGUGACUACAGGCUCUAAAACCAAACAAACCCGACUCAGUGAGUCUAAUGUGCCAUUUUAUAUACACCCAUAUGUAAACUCCUAUAUUGAGAUUUGUAUUCAAAAUUACAAAAAAAAAAUAUAUAUAUUUAGUGAUUUAAUUGUCUGCUAAAUCCAGCUUCCACAGUUUAGAAAUCAGUUUAUGUAACAGGCUUUAACAAGAUGCUUUAAGUUAUAACUGAUCUUUAAAAACAUCUUACUGUUGGAGCGCAUUCACCCGACAAGAACAAAAGACCCUGACCCGCAACCACAUGAAACAAACGCAAAAACAGAGAACAAAAGUGAAAUAUGAUCGUACCAGAUGUGACGAGAGAGGGAAGAAUAAAUGUCCUUGGAUGGAGAGGGAGAGCCGCUUCAUGAUACCGUAGCGACAUCAGAUCCCAAAUUUGACUCAAAACAGGCAGAAUACUGUUGCUGUUUGACUCCGGCAAGCCGUCUCAGUUGCAGGGCAGUUUUGUAAGAAGCUCCUUUGUCGGCUGCCAGAUUGAAUUUAGCAAAUUACCCUCAAGUUAUUCAGUUACAACCUCCAGUCAGGCUAAAAAUGACAAAUUGGAUUCUGUGGUUUAUUGCUGAUGCUGCAGACGGUUGACAUUUCAGUACUUUCACAAGUUCACAUUAGUAAACCGUCUGUUUUCAUUCAGUGCCAACGCAUUUUACAUGUCAUGAAGCGCCCAGUUAAAGGGCGAAGAAAUCAGUCAUUUCUCAGUCGGUUAAAAAUCAAACAAAAGAGGCUGGAAAAACUGAUACCAGAUUAAGUCGUUCACCAUAAUCUGGUUUUAACUGCGUUUUACAUUAACGGUUGUUAUUAUUUUAAUUUAUGGAUUGGAAGUGAGAAUUCUUAAAUAUUUGAUCAAUAAACUUUUCUUUUUUUUUUUAAAUACAAAUCCAUUUGUCCUUUAAACUUUAAGGGGAACUAUUUUUUCUUUGGGCAACAAUCAUUAAUGUCAUCUACAUUUUAGUGUCUGCAUGUUUUCUUCAUGAAGCUAAUAUCUUUGAAAUGUUUUGAAAGUCUGCACCUUUUGCUUUAUUGAUUAACCACUGAGCCACACAUUUAAAGCUGAAUAUGAUAAAUAUAUCAAAUCCUUUGGGGACUUGAGGAAUAUGCAAAUUCAAAGUCUGGUUGACAGUUGUAAAGGUUUUUUGGGUGUUUGUGUGUGUUUUAACCUCACUGAAAAAUUUGAGUUAUUGACAAAUGUUUGCCUGCAAGUCAUUUCCAGUAAAGAUGUCCAGCUGGUACCAUUAUUCUUGGAAAUGCACAUAUUUCUGUAUUCAACUUCACAAAUGGACCUAAACACUUCCCCGCGAGACCACAGAACUGGAAAACAAAACCACCACGUGAUGAUCUUUCCUUGUAAAACUGAUCACCUUGUUUCAAUUCACUGAUGCACUUUCCGGUUUGUCAGAAAUGUUUGGCUGUUUUUGCGCCUUUAGAUUUUUGUUGUUGUUUUUGAUGUAUUUUUGGCUUGUGUUUUUGUCCAAAUAAAGAUUCUAAAGGGGAUCACAGGAA